AUGACUUCACUGUACGAUCAGUCGGUUCCAAUGAUGAUUAAAUAUCUGAACAAUGCAUCGAAAAUCCUCGACAAGACCGUAACAUUCGCCAAAGACAACGACAAGAAUCUCGACGAGAUUUUGACCUUCCGGCUGAGAGAUGACAUGAGACCUCUCCCAUAUCAAAUCCAAUCCAUGUCCGACACCGCAAAAGCCUUCGCCUCCCGCGUCCUCGGCCACCCAGAAACCCACUACGAAGACAACGAGACCACCAUCCCGGAACUCCAAGAACGCAUCACCAAAACCAUCAAGCUCCUCGAAAGCGUCGACCAAACAGCAUUCGACGCCGAAAAGGUCUUGAAAAACGAGAUCAUCAUGAAAACAAAAGCGGGCAAUUUCAGAUUCGAGAACGGACAGACUUAUCUGACUGAAUUUGCGAUUCCGAAUUUUCAUUUUCAUUUCACGACUGCUUAUUGUAUUUUGAGACAUUUGGGGGUGCCGCUGGGGGCUUUUGAUUAUUUGGAUGAUGUUUUUCAGAAGGUUUAG